AUGAGCGGGCGGCGGUGGGUGGUAGAGGAGUUCAUUUCGCGGGCCGAGUGCCGCGAGUUGAUUCGCGUGCACCGGGCCAGCGGCGUCGUGGGGUACCGCGACCGGUUCAGCGUGACCACCCUCCGCGAGCCGCUGGCCCGCACCUCCGACUGGCCGCUCCUCCUGCCCUUCGUCCGCCUGCGCGACAGGCUGCGAGACGCGGUGGAGGAGCGUACUGGCGAGCACCUGGCGCUGUUUGUGGAGUGGACGGGACUGUCGUGCUGGCACCCGCACUCCUCGAUCCCGCCACACUACGACAGCAACCGGCCGUAUCUCGAACAGCGACACUACUCGGUGGUGCUCUACCUGAACGACGCCGGAACAGACUUUGACGGCGGCACCUUCCAGUUCUUUGGCGACAAAGUAAUUGCGGGGCGGCUGCUGAUCUUCGCCAGCGGACCCGAGAACAUUCACGGAGUCACACCCAUCACCAGAGGCGAACGAUUCACGUUCACGGUUUGGCUCACGCGCGACGAGGCCUGCUGGGAAGACCCCAAGAUCCUGUCCCACCUCCCCUCCACCCUGCCGCCGUCGCUCGCCCUGACGCCCGACCCGCCGGCCUUCUUCUUCUCCCGACCUUCCACUGCAGCCGACGCCGACGCCGACGCCGCCAAGCGAAGCUGCACCGAUCCCUACUCGACACCAGCGCUCAGCCAGGGCGACCACGAGGCGAAGUUCGACCUGGAAGCGGAGGUGCUGAAGCAGCUGGAGAUGGAGGUGUGGACGCGGCGCGUUGGCCACGUCCGCCAACCAAGGAAGCGGCCACGAACGACGGACCACCCCGCCGCACACAUCGACCCCAACCGCGCCGGCGACGACUACGCCGCAACGCCCAACGCACAACACGCCGAAGAUGCCGACGACGGCGGCGGCGGCGAUGACGGUGGGGAGGAAGAGGAGGAAGAAGAGGGCGAAGUGGUGGUGGUGAGGUGGCGCGGCCGAGUGGUCCCGCUACGCUUCGAGUCGGUGCGACGGGCGGUGGAGCUGGUGGCCUUUGCCGCCGCGACGCCAAAUGAUGCGCGCGAUGGCCACGAGGAGGGCUGGUGGCGGCAGCGGGCGGUCGAAUGGCUGGACCACCGGCGACAGCUCGCCGCACAGCUGCGCGUCGCGCUCCCCAAGUGGAAGGAUGCUGGCUGCCUCUACGACUACCAGCCCUUCUAA